AGUCGAUAAAAGCAGACUGUGAGAAGGAUCCGGACAAGCGACUGCUGCGCAUCAAAGGAGGAACCUUACCAGGGACCUUAUUGGAGACCAGCGCCAACAAAACCGGACUCCGGAGGCGGAAUAUAACGGUGACUCUCCAGAGCUCCUCUGCCCUCCUGAGGAUUCAGUGAGACAGGCGGAUCUGUGCGCCCGACCAUGGCCAUCCCAUCAGCCCCCUCCGCAUUAUGGAGUGUCAGCUUAUUGACAGUACUAUUUGCAGCUGCGGUUCACAGCAACAUUGUCUAUGACGACGACCCCUUGCAGCCAGUGACCUCCGAUGAGACGGUGUCCGUGGGGGGCACGGUGACACUGACCUGCCGGGUGGCCGAGAGCGACAACUCUUCACUGCAAUGGUCCAACACUGCGCAGCAGACCCUGUACUUUGGAGAGAAGAGAGCUCUGAGAGAUAACCGCAUCCAGCUGCAUCGCUCGACAUCCACCGAGCUUUCCAUCACCAUCGCUGAAGUGCAGCUGGCCGACGAGGGCGAGUACACCUGCUCCAUCUUCACGAUGCCAGUCCGCACUGCCCGAGCCACAGUCACCGUGCUAGGUGUGCCUGGUAAACCUCAGAUCUCAGGCUUUGAGAAUGCAGUGCAGGAGGGGGGCAAAGUCACCCUGACCUGCACCAGUACUGGCAGCAAACCCCCCGCCAGGCUGCGCUGGUACAGAGGAGACCAGGAGCUGGAAGGACGUCCAGACGUGGUGGAGUCCGUUCCAGACGAUCCCACAUACAACGUGAGCAGCGAGCUCACCCUGGAGGUGAGCCGCAGUGAUGACAACGCCCUCAUCACCUGCGCCGUCGACCAUCCCUCUCUCGCCCCGGGGGACAAGAGGAGCGAGCAGGCUCUGCGGGUGUUGUAUUCUCCUAACGUGCAGAUCCAGCCUGAGAGUGAUCUGCCUAGAGAGGGAGAGAAGUUUCAUCUUCAGUGUUCAGGCAACAGCAACCCCGAGCCCACCUCCUACGUGUGGGAGAAGAAGGAUGGAGAGCUCCCCCCACUGGCCAAAGUUGACGGUGCUUUCUUGCGCUUCGAGAUGCUCAACAAAUCAGAUAACGGUGUCUACCUUUGCCACGCUGACAACGGCAUUGGACAGAGCCAGGGAGAGUACACACUCCUGGUGCAAGACUCCUCCUCCUCAUCCUCCUCCGCCUCCUCAAUCUAUCUCCCAUCGUCCUCUCCUCCUGACGUCCUCUCUGGCUCCCGCUCUGAUCCCACUUACCCCUCCUCCUCUCCCUCUGACCUCACCUCCUUCCCCGACCCCUCCUCUUCUCCCACCACCUCCGUGGUUGACGUGUCGACCGCCAUCUCCGAAUUCCCCACCACCACCACCCUCUCCAACGCCCUCUUCCCCGACCUGCCAUUCGCUCCCGACUCCUCUCCCUCCUCCCCCGCAAGCAUCGCUCCUCCCACCGCCACCCCAUCCUACUCCUCCCCCGCCUCCUCCCUUACUCCCUCAGUUUCCGUCCGGCUGAAUGGAGUUUACACUUUCACAGAUGCUGGAGACAACAGUGCAGACCCCACAGCCAUGUCGACCUCUUCGGGGGUGGACCACGCCGUGAUUGGAGGGGUGGUGGCUGUUAUCGUCUUCAUCCUGCUCUGCCUUCUCAUCGUCCUCGGCAGAUACCUCAUCAGACACAAAGGAACGUAUCUGACCCACGAGGCCAAGGGCUCGGACGACGCCCCCGACGCCGACACGGCCAUCAUCAACGCAGAAGGAGGCCACUCCGGAGCAGAGGACAAGAAAGAGUACUUCAUCUAGAUUGAGGAUGGAGCGGUGGAGGAAAGGAACGGGAGGAGGA